UGUGUGUGUGUGUGUCCGUGUGUCCGCCCGUUUGUCCGUCUGUCCACCGUUUUUCUCGGUAACCGCGGAAACUCUGAGCGUGAAACGUGGACAUAUUAUCAAGUAGGAGGCAUGAAUGGUAAAAUAAGAUUCUGGAGCGGAGAAGGCCGGGGAAGCGGGCGAAACGGAGGGCUGCCGAGGUGAGUGUGCGUCAAAUAGAGAUAAAGACAGUUGAGUAGGAGCGAGAUUGCCAGUGAAGUGAGAGCCAGGAAGCGAAUCUGUUCAGUGAAGGAGUCACUGAGAUAGUGUAGCCAGGUAGCUAGUAGCCAUUGGCUGCUGAAAUAAAGAAUAAAGUGGUGACUGAGGGUUAUGUAU